GGGGAGCCUGGCCGAAGUCUGGGCUAUUCCCCACUAGGCUUUUCUGAUAAAAAGGAGUCUCUCUGUGAGCACACUAGAGGCUCUGCAGACAGAGCGUGGCUCAUCUUGACUCUGCUGGCAACUCUGAGUUUCUGGUCAGACGACCAUGACCCAACUCGGCUUCCUGCUGUUUAUCAUCGUUGCCACCACUGGGUGCAGUGCAGAGAACACAGAUACCAACACAUGGGCCCAUCCUUCCCCUUCCUCUCUGUUCAGAAGCUGCAAGGAAAUCAAGCAGGAGAACUCAAAGGCACGAGAUGGCCUCUAUUUCCUCCGCACAAAGAAUGGUGUCAUCUACCAGACCUUCUGUGACAUGACCACGGCAGGGGGGGGCUGGACCCUGGUGGCUAGUGUGCAUGAGAACAACAUGUAUGGGAAGUGCACGGUGGGUGAUCGCUGGUCCAGUCAGCAAGGCAACAGACGAGAGUACCCAAUGGGCGAUGGCAACUGGGCCAACUACAACACCUUUGGGACUGCAGAGGGGGCCACAAGCGAUGACUUCAAGAACCCUGGCUACUUCGACAUCCAGGCUGAGAACCUGGGGAUCUGGCAUGUGCCCAACAAUAGCCCCCUGAAAAACUGGAGGGAACGCUCUCUGCUGAGGUACCGCACCUCCACUGGCUUCCUGAGGAAUAUGGGCCAUAAUCUCUUCAGCCUCUACAAGAAAUACCCGGUGAAAUAUGGAGGAAAGUGCUGGACUGACAAUGGCCCAGCAAUACCUGUGGUCUAUGACUUCGGCGAUGCUAAAAAGACAGCAAAUUAUUACUCCCCCUAUGGCCGACAGCAAUUCACUGCAGGAUAUGUCCAGUUCAGAGUAUUUAAUAAUGAGGGAGCGUGCAAUGCCCUGUGUCCUGGGGUGAAGGUCACCGGAUGUGACACUGAGCAUCACUGCAUCGGUGGAGGAGGGUUCUUCCCAGAAAGGGACCCUUGGCAGUGUGGUGACUUCUCUUCAUUUGAUGGGAGUGGCUAUGGAACUCACACUGUGGCCAGCUGUAGCCGGGAGAUAACUGAAGCGGCUGUGCUUCUUUUCUAUCGUUGAGAAAUUCGUGGGAUGGGACCCGGACUUCUCCAAUCUGCGGACUCACAUGUACAGAGAAAUGUACUAGAAUGUUAAUGCACUAGAAAUUAACUAGAAUGUUAAUGACCAGGAAAGGACAAUAAAUAAUGUUCAUUGCA